UCACAGAUUCUAGCGUCGAUUUUCGCCCUGGCCAGGGCAGACCAAGGGUACUUGCGACCAGUUCUACCCUACAACUACCUCGGCGUGCCUUUGUCUUAUGACGGACGGGUCCUGGACACACCGGAAGUGGCCCAGGCGAAGGCGGCUCAUUUAGCGACACAGGCUUACGAAGCAGCCCGGAAUACUUAUGGAAUCCGUCAGUCCGUUCCUCUGUCUUUGUUCCGAUUUUAUCCUGGACCUGGCGCACCUAUUGGUGCCGAUGGAAACGUCGUGGACACGCCUGAGGUCGCCGAGGCCAAGGCUGCCCAUUUCACCGCUCACGCAUUGGAAGCUGCGAAGCAAUUAGGACUUCAUCCUUACGGCGCUCUGGCGUACGCUCCCUUGCCCUACGCUUAUGGUUACGGAUACGCUGCACCCCUCGGGCCAGACGGAAGGGUGGUAGACACACCGGAAGUAGCUGAAGCGAAAGCAGCGCAUCUGGCAGCCCACGCCGCUGCAGCGGCCAAGACCGGAUAAUCGAACUAUAAAAUCGCAAUUUACCCAAUGAAACACAAACAGAAUUAAUCAGAACUGUGCUAUUUUUGUAUUUUGACAAUAAAUCGUUUUCUACACAA